AUGGCCGAUUUGGAUGCGAAGAAAGGAAUAUCGGAAUCGGAUUUAAACGGCUCUCUAUUACACCAAAACCCCCGCGUUUCCAUUCAGAUGCCGUACCAAGAUUCGCAUAAAGAUGAAGAAACAAAAGACAGAAAUAUUAGCUCCGAUAUACUGCCGGAUAUUGGCGAACACUACUUAGUCCAACGAUCCGAUGGAACAUGGCAUGCUGCAGAGAUUAUUCAGACUCGUGCCAAUGAACAGACUGGUGGGAAGCAUGAAUUUUAUGUCCACUAUGAAGGAUUUAACAGACGUUUAGAUGAAUGGGUGGAAAUCGACAAAUUUGACCUGAUUACUAAGAUAGAGGAUCCGCAUAACAACAAAAUGAAAGAUGUCUCGAUCAUAAUGACAGAUCUUAGCGAUGGCACUGACAGAAAGAUCACACGAAAUCAGAAACGUAAACAUGAUGAGAUCAAUCAUGUUCAGAAGACCUAUGCUGAAAUGGAUCCAACUACUGCUGCACUGGAGAAAGAACAUGAAGCUAUCACAAAAGUGAAAUACAUAGACAAGAUUCAGAUUGGUCGAUAUGAGAUAGAUGCUUGGUACUUCUCUCCCUAUCCUGAAGAAUAUGGCAAACAGUCUAAGCUUUGGUUGUGUGAAUAUUGUCUGAAGUAUAUGAGACUGGAAAAGUCCUAUAGAUAUCACCAGAGUCAAUGCAUUCAUCGACAUCCACCAGGCAAGGAGAUAUACAGAAAAGGAACCAUAUCUGUGUUUGAAGUUGAUGGAAAAGACAGCAAGAUAUAUUGUCAGAAUCUGUGCCUCCUUGCUAAAUUAUUCCUGGACCAUAAAACACUAUAUUUCGAUGUUGAGCCCUUCAUGUUCUACAUCCUCACAGAAGUGGACCGAUACGGAUGUCAUCUUGUUGGUUAUUUCUCAAAGGAAAAAGAAUCUCCAGAUGGUAACAAUAUUGCUUGCAUUCUUACACUGCCACCAUUCCAGAGAAAAGGAUAUGGCAAAUUCCUCAUUGCAUUUAGUUAUGAGCUAUCAAAACUGGAAAGCACAGUCGGAUCCCCAGAGAAGCCUCUUUCAGAUUUGGGCAAGUUGAGCUACAGGAGCUACUGGUCUUGGGUCCUCCUUGAAAUUCUACGAGAUUUUCGAGGAACUUUGUCUAUACGCGAUCUGAGUCAAAUGACCAGCAUCACACAGCAUGACAUUAUCGGUACACUGCAAUCCUUGAAUAUGGUGAAGUACUGGAAGGGACAACAUGUUAUCUGUGUCACACCAAAGCUUGUUGAGGAACAUUUAAAGAGUGCUCAGUACAAACGUCCAGUUCUCACGGUGGACUCUUCAUGUCUGCGAUGGGAACCUCCAAGAAAGAUUCAGAAACUCCUGAAAAAAUGAUGAGAUUAAAACAAGAGUUGCAUAAGAUGUCUAAAAGAAGUUUUAACAUAUAGAAUCAACUCAUUGAUAAUCUUUUGUUUGUUAAUGAAAAGUGUUAAAUAGAUAUAUUUUUUUUUGACCUUUUAGGAAAUUUGAAAGAGUACUUCUUUUAUGUAUCAGUCAGUGAGAAGGUGUUGUUAUGAAAAAAUUGCUGUUUGAAAAUUGGGUGAAGUAUGAUUUCAUUUAGUUACGCAUUUAUCAAUAGACAUUUCUAUAUCAUUUCUUCAGUUUCAAUAGCAUUAGGAAAACAUGUCAGUCAGUAUAUUUGAAGUGUAAUUAGGAUCAAUAGUACUUUCCUAUAAUAUGUAAAUGAGGAAAACAAACAUUACAGUAAACUUGGUAUUUGAAAGAAUAGGCUUGAGAAGGUCCUAGGUAUAUCAGUGUAACACAAAAGGUAGUUUUAGAACAUUUUUAUUAAUUUUUACACUGAAUAAUGUUUAUUUGGAAGACUGGGGCAUCACACUUGUUUGAGUUUCAGAGUGGUAUUUAAAGAUAAUUCCCCUGGUGGGAAAUGACAAUAAUGUACAUGUACUAUCAUCAAGAUCUGCUUUAAGUAUUUAAGUGUAUUUGCUAAAACAUGUAUUUUAAAAUCUGUGUUAAAAUCCGUUCUUAUAUUCUAUCACAACCAAACAUCCAGAUCAACAUCAGACCUAUAUGUGGAAAGUUGUCUGUUGUCAAUUAAUAUCAAAGUUCUGUUAACCAUAUGCAACUUUGGGAGAUGGACAUAAAGUCAUUUACUGUGUGGUUGAUAUGGUCAUGUAUGUCCUCACAUUGCAUGGUAGCACAGAAAAUACUCUCUCAUUGCUUUUUGAUAGUUUAUACUAAAUACAUACAUGUCACUGUAAAGUCAUGUUUCUCUUAGAUUUUUCCGAGAUUAGACACUUCAUUUUUUUCAGGCUUGAUUCUUCUGUAAACUUUAUUUUUAUCUUGUUGAAUCUGUGAAAAAAUGAUUUUUAAAAAAGUAUUGACAGCUUAAUACUGUAGUUGUGUAAUGUCUGAAAAAUCCUCUGCAAAAUAUGAUUCAGUAUGGUGAGGGUAUAUGAUUUUGAUUCCUGAAGAUUAAGUGAUAAUCUACUGUUACCUUUGUUAUCUUUGCCCAAUAGUUUUGAAGAUACUAUCAGAGUAUUCAGAUGAAUGGUGUUACAUAAACUGACAACUGUAGCAAAUAUAUUUCAUGUCUGUAAGUUAUCACAAUCCAAACAGCAGUGUAAAUGAUUCUUGGUAUGUCACACUGCUUUGUGUGUUUUGUUGUAAGACAGUAUGUUAGCCUGACCAUUAUGUAUGUAUGCAGCAACUUUUAUUUAUAUGUACUG